AGCUACGCAGUCUCUGAGAUGGAGACGGUUGACUCGGAAAACACACGGGACACCAGGUACCUGGGACAAAGCCGUGUCGAUGAACCAAUCCGUUUGCAAAAAGGUUGCACGCAGCACACUGCUAUGCAGGUAGAGCAGGUAGACAUGGACAGCUUGGGGCUCCUUUUCAACCGGUGCAUCCAGGAAGUGUCUCGUCUACAGGUGCAGAGGGAUGAGCUGGUACAAGAGUUUCUUGAGAUGCAGAAACCCAUGCUGCGAGUCAUCGAGCACCUGAGAGGAAAGCUAAGGGAGGUGCAGAGGCUCCUUACCCUGGUGCAGCUUGAUUAUAUAGCUGUAUAUGAGGACGUGCAACGGGUGAAGAGGAAGCUGUUUAUUACUGCCAGAGAUUGUAUUCAGAAUCAGGUGAUGCUAGCGGAUGAGAAGUAUGAGGUGGCCCAGUCUGCUGUCACACAGGAGGAGCUCAAGGUACAUAUCAACAGUCUGGCACAGGAAUUGUCCGAACUUCAGGAGACCCAUCAGAACCAGCUCAAAAUCCUGAGAGACCAGGCCAAUAAACCCUGCCGGCCGAGAGCCAUGAGCGAUGUCAGCCACUGUCGCCGGGCCUCCCUCAGUCUACAACGACGACUCAGCUGCAACAUGAGGACACUGGAGAGUUGGUACGAGCCCCGGCUCAUGGCUUUGCUGAGGAGGAGGCAGGCUGGAGAGGAGGCCCUGAGGAAGAGCAAAGAGCAGGGACAAGACCUGAGGGCCCAUAUACAGCCCCUCAAAGAGGAAAUCCAAAAGCUGGAACUGCAGAGAUCCUGUCUGGAGGAGAGAAUAGCCCUGAUGGAGACAGAACGGGAGGACAGCAUUGCACAGUACAAGGAGACUGAGGAGGCGUUGGAGGAGACCCUUAAAGAACUGAGUAUUGAGUUUCAGAUUCAGAGCAAAUCAAAAGGAGAUUUGGAGAACCUUAAGGCUGGCUUUCUUAGAGAGCUAGACUCUCUCAGAGGCUCUGCUGAAUCCAGUGAAACCACUGUAUGAGGAGUCAUAAGUUUUUGUACUUUAAAUAAAUAACCUCUACAUCAGACCAAAACUCUAUAUUGUGCCUACAAACAAGGAUGCCU